CCGCGAUUCUUUUUCCACCUUGAGACAUGACACUGGUAGAGGAACAGUAUCCUUCGGCUAAGCUGUCCGCAAGCACCACUCCCGAGUUCACCGACUUGACUCGAUGGCGAUUGCGCGUCGAAGAAGGUGCUCAGACCUGGCAUUAUCUGGAAACAGACGAAGAAUGCAAACAGUGGCCUCAAACCGUGUGGGAUAAAUACCAUCUCGGCCUUCCUAUUAAUGCGCCAGUGUUGCCCGAUGCAAAGACUCCUUUGGAAGCUGCACGGAACGGAUUCGAGUUCUAUCGGCAAUUGCAGACCGAAGAUGGUCACUGGGGCGGGGAAUACGGUGGCCCAAUGUUUUUAAUUCCGGGUUUGAUCAUCACUUAUUACAUCACGGGCACGCCGGUGCCAGAUCCUAUGCGUCGCGAAAUUAUUCGCUAUCUGUUGAAUCGAGCUCAUCCCGAAGAUGGCGGCUGGGGUAUUCACAUUGAAGGCAUUUCUACAGUAUUCGGCACGGCGCUCAACUAUGUUGUCCUGCGUAUCCUUGGCCUUGGCCCAGACCAUCCAGCCAUGGUCAAAGCACGAACCACGCUGCACAAAUUAGGUGGUGCCACCGGUGCACCCUCUUGGGGCAAAUUCUGGCUCGCGGCUCUUGGUGUAUACGAUUGGAAGGGCAUGAACCCCGUUCCACCAGAGUUAUGGGCACUCCCCAAGGUCCUUCCAUUCUGCCCCGGUAACUGGUGGGUUCACACCCGCUUAGUCUACCUUCCAAUGGGCUAUGUCUACGCACGUCGCUUAAGCGCACCAUUAACCACCUUUACCCAAUCACUUCGAGAAGAAUUAUAUGUUCAGCCAUAUGAUCAGAUCAACUGGAAUCAACAACGUAACAAUAUUUGCGAAGCCGAUCUAUACAUGCCUCACAGCAAAAUUAUGGACGUUCUUAAUGAAAUGCUCACGUAUUACGAAAUGAUUCCUGGAAAAAUCAACAAAUUACGCGAUUACGCAUUGAAUCUUACGGUUGAACAAAUCCGCAUGGAAGAUGAAAACACUUUCUUCUUGGACAUUGGUCCCGUUAACAAGGUGAUGAACUGGCUUGUUGUCUAUGACCAUUAUGGCAAGGACUCCAGAGAGUUCAGGGAGCAUGUGCGACGUAAUUUGGACUUUAUGUGGAUGGGCCCUGAAGGCAUGAUGAUGAACGGUACCAACGGAAGUCAGCUGUGGGAUGCCACUUUCAUCGCACAGGCUUGUGUGGAAUCCCAACUGGCCACCGAUGAACGCUAUCGCGAGAAUAUGAUCAAGACUCUGGAAUUCAUUGAUCUGACUCAGAUUCGUCGCAACGUGCCCGAACAUGAAAAAUGUUAUCGACAAGUAUCCAAGGGAGCUUGGCCGUUUAGUACACGCGACCAAGGCUAUACGGUGUCGGAUUGUACAGCUGAAGGAUUGAAGGCCACCAUUCUUUUGCAGCAAACGUCAGGCAUUCCUCAACUGAUUACGAUGGAUCGACUGCAUGAUGCGGUGGAUGUGCUGCUGACCAUGCAAAAUGCAGAUAAUGGAUUUGCGUCUUAUGAACCGAUCCGUGGUCCUCAUUGGUUAGAACUCUUGAAUCCAGCCGAAGUGUUUGGCAACAUUAUGACAGAAUACAGUUAUCCCGAAUGCACCACCGCCGUGCUUAUUGCAUUAUCGACUUUUCGAAAAUUGGAUCCCGACUAUCGCAGAAGUGAAAUCGAUGCCACCGCAAGUCGCGCCUUGUCGUAUAUCAAAAAGGCUCAGCAAGAGGAUGGGUCCUGGUACGGUUCCUGGGCUAUUUGCUUCACUUAUGCCGCUAUGUUUGCGCUACAAAGUUUGGCAAGUGUUGGCGAAUAUUACGAAAAUAGUGAAUACGCACGUAAGGGAUGUGAUUUCCUUAUUUCGAAACAACAAGCUGACGGCGGUUGGGGUGAAACAUACAAGUCUUGCGAAACCAAAGUGUACUGCCAUAAUCCCAAGUCCCAGGUCGUCAAUACAGCUUUCGCUGUAAUGUCUCUUAUGGAUGCAAAAUACCCACACAGGGAACCCAUCCGUCGCGGUAUCCAGCUGAUCAUGCAAAGGCAACAGAACACGGGUGAAUGGUUACAAGAAAGCAUAGAAGGUGUAUUUAACAAAAAUUGCAUGAUUUCGUAUCCCAACUACAAAUUUUCCUUUACUAUUUGGGCUCUCGGAAAGUACGCCAAGAUCUAUGGAGACGAGGCUAUUUUCCCUUGAUGAGACCGUCUAUUUAACCACGAUAUCCCCCAAACUGAUGUUUCAAUAAACUCCUUGUUCACCAAAAAAGGAUGAGAAUUUACCAUAAA